GCAGGUGCGCUAUCUUGGCAGUAUGACACACGUUCUGCUGUAGGCGUGUCAUCUUGCGAGCAUGUGGGAGAGACAACCAAGGCACAUUGCCCACAAUGACUGUGUUGUGUUGGCAGUUUGACUCACAACUGAGGUACGUCAAUUUCUCGGUUUGUCGCAAAGGCCCUGUGUUCCUGCACACAGGUGUGCUAUCUUGGCAGUAUAUGACACACGUAAACGAAGCCGGGUUAUCGACAAGGAGGCUCUGUGGGGCGUCUGCCGGCACAUGGACUCUUGUUAUUCUGCUGCAUAAAUUCCUGCCAGCCAUUGGUCUGCUGUUGUGUUGGGACUUCGGCCACUGCUCGACGAUUCUUGUGCGCUCCAUCGUAGCAGAUCCUUUACAGACCUGGCAUUCAUCAUGCGACGACAGCCGUGGGACUCUUGGCGCUCUGUGUCUCCUGUGGAAUGCCGAUCGGGACGGGACUGGGGUUGGGGUUGACCGGAUUGGAACAGAGCUAUCUUCUGUGUUCAAGGCUUCAAGGGUAAAUAAGCAAUGGAUCUGCCGAACUUCGGAUCCCAUGCUGGACGUGCUUCAGAACUAUGGAAACUGUGAACGGAGGCUGGAAUGAUACUAAAUGUGAAUCACGGGCCCAUUCGUGUUGUUUGGCUCCUCGACAUUUGUAUAUAUUGAAAAAUAUUCCAAUAAUAAUUCCAUAAAAUUCCAAGAU